GGGGGGGGGGUUGACUCAGUUUUUAAUGUUAGUGUAUGUAAUAACAAUUAAAUAACAAUAAAUACAUUUAAACAAUACUUAAGACUCUUUACACAAAUAUAUUAUUGUAAACGUGGUUACUAUAAACUUAUGCAAAAAUAAUAUAGCUCUGAAUGCAUGACUUACAUUUCUUUGUUUUCACUAGUUGUUUAUUUCCAUAGAAAACUGAAGGAAGAAUUUACACCUUCCUAACUUUAAUUUCAAUCAAAAUUUUGUUUGCAGUAGCAAACCUGAUCACUUCAAACAUGUGAGGUGCCUGUUCUCUGUGCAACAAUAAGACCAAUAUUGUAAAAGCCCAAAUCUUAUUAUGGUCACUGCAGCUUGGCUGUAAGGAGCUACAUCUUUCAAUUAAAAAAAGCUAAUGAAUAUAUGUAUGUAUUAAUAAAUAAAUAAAUGAAUAAAAGCAAGCAAGCAGCAUUGGUCCAAAUGAAAAGUAUUCUUAUUACAACGAGUAAAAUUUCCCUUGUUCUUCUAGUGGAAUUCCCCCAGAUAAGUUACAUAUAUAUCUACUCAUAGAUAGAAGUCAUUCAAUCAUGCUUCGUCUUCUGAUCAUUUUAAGUUUCCUCAGAGGAGCUUAUCUUUCAGAUAUUGUGGCACAAGGAGACACAGCUGUUGAGUUCGGUCAAGAUGCUUCGUUCUCUUGUGCGCUGUCUGAUGGGUCUGGUGUCAAACAAGUCACGUGGCAGCGGGUGCGCAACACGGAACCGGUACAAACUUUGGCCACAUUCAGCGACCUCUUCAAGAAACAUGUGGAUGACCAGUAUGUCGGAAAAGUCCAUUUCACAGCAGCGUCUGUUAAUUCAACGUCCAUUGAGAUCAAAAACACAACAUUCGAAGACGAGGCUUGCUACAUUUGUUCCUUCAAAGUGUAUCCAUUCCAGCCUAAACGACAAACCUUGUGCCUCACUGUUAAAGGUAUAUCAGAAAUAACAGCAUCAUUGAAUCCUGCUCCUAAUUCUGAUCCAGAUGUUGUAGUCUCAUGUUCAGCCACUGGUAAACCGGCUCCAGCUAUCCUCUGGAAAUCUGCAGAGAAGGAGUUGAACAACGAUUGGUCAAGUAAUUUCACAACUCUCAACAUGGACAGUUCAACCACCAUUACAAGCAACCUCACGCUUCCACUGUCACAGUUUCAUGGGAAGUACGUGGAAUGUGUGGCUCAGAGUGACGGCAUAGAGAAGAGCGUCCAAAUCUAUGUGCCUGAUAAGGAAAAUAAAGUCACAUUAAGAAAUUAUAUCAUUCCGAUGCUGGUCUUGAUUAUCAUCACUAUUGUCAUUGUUGUCAUCUAUCUUUACACCAAGUUAAAUGAUAAAUAUCAUCAAGUUUGUAUGGCUUGAACUACUGUGCAACUGUUACUUUAUUUAUAACUUAUAAAUCUUUCUGAUGCUAAUUUUGUCAUUGCUAAAAAAAGUUAAUGUUUACAUUUGUGAAUAAGCUAAUUUUCAGAUUAUAGUAUAAAUAAUAUCUGGUUGCCUAGGAAAGCAUUUCUCCCCAGUUUCUUCAUCCUGCGUCCGCACUUUAAGUUCUUUCAAUAUUCUCUAUUAUUUAUUGUGAUUAGAUUUGUCUACCAGAUUUUAAAUAAUUGUGUUACAACUGUCUGUCUUAGAGUAAUAUGCUCAAUUUAAUGUUAAACAGUGAGUCAUUGU